AUGUCAGAAACGUGUCCAGUCUCUUGGGAACCACAAUACUAUAAUGAUUGGAGUUCUUUGACUUUGAACAAAGCAUCCUCAUCCAAUCCGACCAAUCUAGACGAAACAUAAACUUCACCCCUGACUCUAGCUACCCUUUCCUUCCACAAACAUACUUGUAUUCAUCAUAUCAUAUUUACAGACUCAGCAGUUGCAGUAUUGCCCUGUUUCUGAACCAUAUUGGAGUUUAAUAUAAGACAAUCUUUCGAGUGAAGGGAUGUAUUAAUUAAAGCUACAUGCACAAAAUUGGAUACAAUUUUUUUCACAAAAUGACAUGAUAAUUGAGGUAUCUGCAAGGGUUGGCUUAGUAGAUACCCCUCUCUUCAGGUUUAUUUAAUCAAGAGGUCGAGGCUUCAAGCCAUGAUGGAGACGCGCGAGGGUAAUUAUUGAAAUUUUGUACUUGACCUCACUUGGAUUACAUCUCAACAGACACCGGUUUGAUAUCUUACCACACAAGAGACUGAAAGACUAAUAUUGAAAUAAGCGUAAGAAAAGGACGCAAAAAUAAAGGAAACAGGGAAGAAGCAGACUGUAUAGUAAAAAUUACAAUUUAGGUGAGUAUCUAUGUGGCCUUUUUGUGUUCUCAUAAGCAAGGUAUUAGGGAUAGAUGAACAGUUUGAUGAGCAACCAGAGGAAAACCACCUGGGAUAUAUCAAAUCCUUUCCAGUCAGAAAAUUGGCUAGGAGUGGAAAUUAUGGUACUGCACUUUUGCCACACUCACACUUUGUGGAUGUCCCGCACAUAAACCAGUUACGCACAUGGGAUUGUGGUCUUAAUUGUGUAUUGAUGAUUCUGAAAACCCUUGGAUUCAAUAAUUGUACUAUUGAAGAACUGGAUACGCUCUGCAGUUUAACCAGUAUUUGGACCAUAGAUUUGGCGUUCCUGCUUCAGAAAUUUGCUGUUAGUUUUUCCUACUUCACCGUAACACUAGGUGUGAACCCAGAAUAUUCUACAGAGAUAUAUUACAAGGAACAAUUGCCAGAUGAUCUAGUUCGAGUGGAUUCUCUAUUUCAGAAAGCAAAAGAUGCUGGAAUUAAUAUAGAGCGCAGGUCAAUUAGUAGAGAACAAUUGUCUCUUUUGGUCUUGUCAGGGAGAUACAUAGCAAUUGCAUUAGUAAACCAGUUUCUGCUAAGCCAGUCUUCGUUAAAGAAUAUCUGUUUCUCAGGGUGGAAAAGUGGUAAUUUGUCCUACACAGGUCACUAUGUUGUAAUCUGUGGUUAUGAUGCUGCUAAAGAUGAGUUUGAAAUUCGAGAUCCAGCAAGCUCAAGGAAGCAUGAGAAGAUCACAUCAAAAUGUCUGGAAGAAGCCCGCAAAUCAUUUGGCACUGAUGAGGAUUUACUCCUGGAGCAGAAAAUAAAUUGUUCAAGUAGCGGCUUUCUGACUGAGAUGGAAUCUUCCAUGACUCCUUGCAGAUAUCUCUGUCAAAGCAAAAUAGUUAAGCACCUUCUGUUUUUAUCUUGGUGCACCCCUGUUGCAUCUGGUGCGUACUUAUACAGCACAGAGGGACGUUGCUGCAGGAUUGUUGAAGUAGGACUAGUUGGCUUACAUAAGAAGCGAGAUUAGUUGUUCUAUCCUUUAAAACAGUCGUGUAUAUAGUUUACUUUGUCUACUCAAGUAUAUAGUAACCCCAAGGAAUGCUCUCUGUCUAGUAAAUUGCUAUAAAGAUCUGUAUAGUGUGAUAUUCUGCUGAUCAACAUUUCACACAAAUAGUCAUGUCAAGAAUGGAAAUAAAGAAGUAAAGAACAAUAUGUACUUCAAGACCCCUAGCACCACCAGAAAGAUGGUAGAUCAUGAGCAAACAGAACAGUUGGUAUGCUAUGCUGGUUGUGUCCAGGAAAUGUUUUCCGCAGACUUCUGGAUGAAGCACGGGGAGAGGUUCUCAAUUUGUCAGACCAUGGCUGAGGAUGAAUUUUAGCCAGAGUUCAUAAAUCUUACUAGCAAGGAGAGUGUAAUUGUGGACUGUAUCCAACGCCGGGACUGAUAAGUGAUAAAGUCCUUCAAUUGAACACAAAAGUAGCCUGAAAUUUAAGAAGUUGCAUAUUUUAUUUUUU